UGUGUGUUUCCUUUAAAGAGUAUUUAGUGUAAAACAAAAAAUACUCUCUCAAGAAACAUGUCGAAUUUACUUUUUAUGGAUGAAUCGAAUGGCAAUGGUGGAUAUGUAACUUCAAAUACUACGACAACAGCAGCAGCAAGCGCAGCAUCAGUUAGCCGAACAAUAACUAAUACAAAUAUUAAAAAUCAUAAUAACAACAUUUCCAACAGCAUUAAUAUUAACAUCAACCACAACAACAAUACUAAUAACAACAACAACAUUAAUAAUAGCAAUAACAACAAUUGUAAUAAUACAAACAAUAUCAGUAAUAUAAUGGCUGCAGCAUCAAAUGCAGCAACAGCAGCUGCAUCGGCUGCCGCCGCUUGUGUGGGUGGCGUCCAACUACCGAAUUCCGUAUCAAAUGAAGAUCUCAGUCAAAGUCUAUCAGAGUACACAGAUGCCGACGAAAGCAUAUCAGCACCAACCGAAUUUUUAGCAGAGUUUCUCUCUGCUGUCAUGCUCAAGGAUUACAAGAAAGCUUUAAAAUAUUGCAAACUGAUUUUACAAUAUGAACCAGACAAUUCCACAGCAAAGGAGUUUUAUCCACUGAUAUUGGAUAAAUUACGGGGUACUAAUACAUCUAGUGACAGUGAUGAAAACUAUAACAAAUCCUCAUCAUCGCCUGAAUUAAUAUUGGAAGCACCAUCAUCAGAUCCCUCGGCUGGAGAAAGUGACGAACAUGAUGAACAAUAUUUAAGACAUGUUAGAGAGGGAGCGUACAUUGGUGCAACAGGUAAAGCAGCCUCUGCGGUUAUGAGCACAGUUAAUAAUGAUCCAAAUUCAAAUGUGAGCAGCAGUAGUAGUGCAGAGGUAGAUGAAGAGGAUGAUGGGGAGGGAGAGGGGGACGAAGAAGAAGGCUGUGGUUCAAUAGAUGCCAGUUUAAGUGACGAAGAUGUGGAAGAUGACGAUGAUGAUGAGGAUGACGAUGACUGUGAAGAUGACGACGAUGAGGAGGAUGACGACGACGAAGACGAUGAAGAUGACAUCAUGAGCAGUAGUGGUGAUGAUUUACCCGUCGAUGAACAACAAAUACUUGUGGGCGAUGUUUUAGAUUUGGAUGCCUCAUCAGCCAAUGCUUGUGGUGUGGAUGCUGCAAUUAACAUUUCAAAUUCAUCACGCAACUCAUCGAGUGGUGGCAAAGGCAGCAGUCGCAGUGACAACACCACACAUUCGUAUUCUAGUCUCUUGCUGGAGGAAGAAGAUGACAUUGUGCCUGCAAAUCUACACUUUCCCAAAGAUUUACAUACAACCGAUUUGGAUGUCAGUAAUGGCAAUAAAGUACCCUCAGCCUCGUGCAGUGACUCUGAAUCGCCCACAGAACCUUUGACCCAAAGAUUAGCAGCAAUAUUGCGUUCGAAAUGUGGUGUCUCUAAUACGGGCGGUUAGAAAUAAAGAUUCAAUUGCAAAAUACAACACCACGCAACAUAUAUAAGGUCCUUAGAAUAUGUUAUGCAUAUAUUUUAUAUUGAU